ACACUCUUCCGGUCCCCUCCUCCCCGCGGCGGCCGAGCCCGACACUUUCGUUCCGGGACCUGUGAGGGCCGGGGAAGAAGCGGGCUACCUUCCGGGGCGAGCGCCGGCCCGCCGAGGGGCUGGAGCCGAGGGAGCGGCUAACCAUGUCUUUGAAUUCAUCUACACUUUUAAAUGAAGAAAAGUCUCAAGGACCAAAAAGAACUAGUGAAUGUUUGGAAAGUCUAGAAUUGCAGACUCCAUCAUCGUUUCAAGAUAACCCACUUCAACAAUUGCAGUUAGCAUCGCAGGAAGUACUUGAAAAGGCAAAAAAGAGUGGGAGAUCAAAAUGCCCUCAAUGCAGUAGUUCAAGGAUGUUUUAUUGUUAUACAUGCUUUGUUCCUGUUGAAACUGUACCAACCAAAGAAAUUCCAACUGUGAAGUUGCCUUUGAAGAUUGACAUUAUUAAACACCCAAAUGAAACAGAUGGCAAAAGCACUGCUGUGCAUGCUAAGCUCCUGGCACCUGAUGACGUUACAAUUUAUAAAUAUCCUUGCAUUCCAGAAUACAAAGAAAAAAGACACGAAAUAGCCCUUGUAUUUCCUGGCCCCAAUUCAGUUUCGGUAAAAGAUAUUGCUUUCCAUCUCCAAAAAUACAGUAAGAAAGGUGUUUGUGAUAAGGACGAUGACUGUUGCAGAGAGCCACUUCUUAAGCAAGCAAAAAUAGAACCUAAAGAAGAAGAAGAAAAUCUAAAUGAAUGCAUCUCAAACAACAGGGGUGAAGGCACUAGACUGAAGAAAAUAAUAUUCAUUGACAGUACCUGGAAUCAAACUAACAAAAUAAUAACUGAUGAACGACUUCAAGGGUUGCUGCAAAUUGAGUUGAAGACAAGGAAAACUUGCUUUUGGCGUCAUCAGAAGGGAAAGCCAGAUACAUACCUUUCCACAAUAGAAGCAAUUUAUUAUUUCCUUGUGGACUAUCAUCAGGAGAUUUUGAAAGAGAACUACAAAGGACAAUAUGAUAAUCUGCUUUUUUUCUUUUCAUUUAUGUACACAUUGAUUAAAAAUGCCAAGUGUUGUGCAGGAAAAGAGUAAGAUGUCUGUCUAUAGGUAAGUAACACUGCAUUUUAUUUUGUUUCUUUUGUAAUGAUAAACUGCACAAAUGUAACUAUUUUUAUCUAACUGAAACCUGUAAAUAGAUUGUAUUCUUAAUGGCUACAGUGUUUGUCCAAAAGUAAGCUGCAGACCUCAUGUCCUGCACACGAGUUUGUAGAACUCUGCCGAUGAGCAGUCUGAUUUGAAAAUGGUUAUGCUUUGCUAAAUAUUGUUGUGUUUGAAGCGCCAGACCCAAUAGACUCCUCACAGUCAAGAGUAUUUCCUGAGGGGGGGAUAGGAGGACUUGGCCCCUCUUGCCAGACGGAGUGAUCUCUCUAACUGUAAAAAGGAAUUAGCAUGCUAGCUUUUUAUUAUUAAUAAUACUUUGUUUCAGGUGUUUUCUUUGUGUUUUACCCAGUAAUACUGAUUUCACUUUUAUGACAUCAAAAGCUUACUAAAAUUAUUGGGAUGGUAUUUAAUUUGCGGCAGGGGGCGGGGCACCAAUACGAAAUGAAAGACCACAUUAAGUUAAUACAAUGUAAGUUACGUACUUUCAAGAUUCAUUCUGGAAAAUUGUCCUAGUAAUACAAAAUAGCGAUCUCUAAACAUCAUUAGACAAUGCAUGAUUUCUGUAGCGCCAAUCACAUACUGUUAUAUUAAGAUUAUUCCCAACUUCUUGGAUAAUUUUAGAGUACUUCAAAGAAAUUAAUUUAGUUAAGUGCUUAUUAUUAUUAUUUUGGGUAACACUAACUUAACAAGUGUCACUAUGGCAUAUCGUAGACAGUAAAAUUUUAUCAAUGCCACAUACUUCUAUUCUAAGAAGCAGAAAGGGCUCAUUGCACUGUAGGAGUUGUCUGAAAACUUAGAUCUCUUUGCAUGACCUAAGACAACAUAAUUUGCAGAGACAAGAAAUAGGGAAGAAAGUGGUUCCAACCACAGCAUUUCUGACAAGACUUCCUUAAAUAAGGCAGACUACGAAUCUGCUGUGGUUUUUUUCCUACAGUAAUAGUGCAAAUUUGAACAGUAUAAAUAAGACUUUGUCUAUGCUGAUGAAAUUUUGGCUGGUAUGUCUAGCACUGCUGGCAGAGUCAUCACAUGUGAAUGUAAUUAUACAAGUGUGUCUUUGCCAAGCUAUACCAGUACAGCUAAUGCUGCCAGAGGGUAAUAGACCUAAGCUAUAUAUUUACAGGCAGAGUUAUACAACUAUAUUGUUAUCAUACUAGGAUAUUCUGCUAGUAAAAUACACGGUAGAAAUUAAAGUCUUAAGGUAGAAAAAAAAUGCUUCAUUAGAGGCAUGAUAUAAGAUGGAUAAAUAUUUCUGAAUAUUCUCAGAAGUGUGUUACUUAAGAAAAAAAUAAAUCUUGUCAAAGUGACCCAGUUGAAAAAUUGUAAUAGAUUAUUUUUUAAACAAAAAUUCUGAUUUUUUUUCUUGCAUAUUUUCCUCAACAAAUCUGGCUAAAUUAUCACCUGUAGCCUACUCUCCAGGAGGGCACCCUCGCACCUUGGUGAACACAGAAACAGUGCUUUGAAAAACACUUCAAGAAAAUCUUUCUAUGCUUACACAGCAAUCCAUACAACUGAUCUGUACUAUGUUUUUUAAUGCUUCAAGAUAUUGAAAUCAAAGUUAAUACUGCUUAAAACACAAGAUACAAAUACACUCUCUCUGCGGGUCAUGCUUAUCUUCAGAUCUGUAUGCUUACCUGCACAAGUGAAUGCAUAUAAAAAUGCAUUUCAGUGGACAACACCUCCUGCAUUUGCAAAAAGAGAUGCUAGUUAAGGUACGACUGUAAUGAAAUGUGCAUGAACUAUAACAGCACCAUGAGAAACCCAGGCUUGAAGUCAGAAUGAGAAAGAUUGAUUUUAAAUAUACAUAUACAAUGGCACAGCUGUUCAGUAUAUUGUGAGUUCAUGUGCCAGGCAAUGAGGGAAAUCAGCAGUCAUGUCUCAGUGCUAUUGAAACAACACAUUUCUUUUUCAUUUGGUUCUUAUUGCUAUUGAGAGGUUAUUUUGGCUUUUUACAAUGAUUAAUGCUAUUUCCUUUGGUAUGAAUUUUGAUAGUCUUUUGACAUUUCCAUCUGUUCUUGUAUUUCUUAAACAAAGAUUGCUGUAAUAUUUAAAAAAAAAAUAAAUCACACAAGUAUAAUAGUUUGAGAAGGAAACUUUCACCCACUUUAAACAAACAAAAAUAAAAUGAACCCACUGACCUAAUGUUUUACAAGAACCAGAGAGAAAAAUCGGGGCAGGGGGGCGGGGGAGUUACUUCCAAGACACAUUUCCCUGAAAACAUGUUUUUUUAUUUAAGAAGCAGAGGUCAGAUAAAAGCUUAUAUAAGCUGUUCUUUGUUACUUUUGGAAAAUAGUUUCAUAAGGUUAAAAAUGGUUUCCAAAUUUAAGUUUUGUGUACCUCACUUUAUUUGAACAAUGGGAAUUAAGAAUCUAUUCCAAAAGUAAGUUAAUUUUAAUUCUCAGGUGAAAUGAAUGUACAGAAAAGAUUUUAAAUCUGGAACACUGUGUCCAGGAAUUGGGUUCAGAUUCUUUUUCUUCCAGUGCAACCUCAGUGUAAUGCAAGAGUCGUUCUUAUACCAAGUGACAGAGGCACAUCUUAUAUCCGUAAUUAAUUAUUGUCUGUUGAUAUUCCUGUGAUAACCUUUUAUGAGGGCAGGAAAAAGGUUAUUGUUACUUCUGCUGCAAAUCUGUUCUGUCUGAGCAGCAGAUGUAGUUCCCCCUUCUCUCCCAUCUCCUCCUCUCUCCCCUCUGUAAAAAUACUUAAAUCCUCUGUUUAAUUUCAGUACUGGUUUAAGAAGCCAAACCAACCAAGUCAUCCGCCUUGCACUGACAGUGUCUCAAUACUGCUGAUACAUUUUUCCAGCUUUGAGACUAAAGAAUAGUUUUGUUCCACCAAAUGAAAGCGAUCAAGUGGUUAAUCCUUUCAAGUGCAAUUAGCAGCACUGACCUCCCUAUUCUUUAAAAUGAGGGUCAUGGGGAGGUAAAGGCCAGUUCUGGUCCUCUUCUUUCAUAUCAGAAUACCCCUUCACUAACUAUCUCUUCUGUUUCCAAAAACAUCAGAGAGCAAAGGGGAAAACAGACUUCCACUUCCAUUAGCAGUAACUUAAACAGCCAUAAGUUAAAGGGGGAGGAAAAGGAAGAGCGUCUCUAUCUAUCUCCUUUCACAACAGAAGACAUCUGGCCUCCUGUGGGGAGGCCCCAGAUAACAAAGAACCUGUCAUUACAAACCUCCGCAAUGUGUUCAGAGAACCAUUUUACCUGCAGUCUGGCUCAUUCAUUUCCUGCCACUGAAGCCAUCUGCUUUUGCUUAUUGUGGGUAUUUUUGUUCUUUGUUUGGCCAGGAGCGUGAAGUGGCUUCACUUUAGCAUGCCUGUAGGCUUGGUCAGAAGGAGGAUUUAAUCCUUUUCUCAAAAUGAAUACGAGAGGGAGCUGCAAAAAACAAUUCCUUUCCUGGAAGGUAGCACAAAAGUCAUCCAAGCCUAGGUUGAAUAAAGGGUCAUGUCAGUCCAUGGGGUAAAGAUACAAUGAGAUUGAAAAGAGAUGGCAACUUGGAAUCCACAGCAGAAACUUCCAAAGCACUUGUAAUCUCACCUGAUUUAAAUCCUUUGCUACUGCUUCUUGCAAAUUUUUUUCAGUUUGAGUCCAUCUGGUUUUCCACACAGACUUCUUCAGGCCCAAUUGCAGAGUAAUGCAGCGAUCUGUUCUCACUUUCCUCUUGCACUGAGUUUCAGUAUUUUGCCUGAAUGCUUUAAAAAUCAGUCUGUCUUCAUAAAUGAUGGUCAUAGUGUAUUUAUAUAGAACGUAAUGCGAUGUGAAAAUCCAGUCCAGCUAUCCCUAUCUUUGAAAAUACCAAAAUACGGAGGGGGGGAAACUUCCUAUUGGUUUCCCAUCAUUUACUAUAAUGCAGUUAAUACACUCCCAGGUACCAUUAACUUGUGUCUCAAAGUAUUCCAAAAAGCUGCGCAUCAGCUGAAUUCAUCAAACCUGUUUUGUGACACAAAACUUAACAGUGACUGCAGCAACAUUAAAACAGGAAAGCUUUCCCACUAAGAUGAAAAGAUCAUUGGCAGUAAGACACUCAUCUGUCGAUACCAAAAUAAGAGGUUACCCAUUAAAGUACUGAAUAACUCAACAUAAUUCCUGAACUGUUAUCCCUUGUCUUAAGAGACAUUAUUUUAGUAAAAUUCCAAUCCUGUCAUUAGUAAGAACAUUGAUUUUGACUGGUGACACUUAGGAAUACCAACAAUUCAGAGUAAGUGUUUAUAUGAAAAAUUUACAACAUUCUUCCUGUUCACUUGUUAGGAAAGGUAACACAUUGCUGCCAUUUUAUGGAUUCUGAAGAGAAAUCAGAUGCUGUAGAAUUUUGAAAGUAGUGUAUAACAUUAAACUUUAAAAACACUCAUAGCGGUGUGGUUUCUUUACCACUACCUGCCAGAAGAAAAAUAACCAAAUAGUUCUUGAGUCCCACAGCAAGAGGUAGGAACUACUUCUCUAAUGCAAACCAGACUUUGUAUUUUCAUCUCACUGAAAAUGGAAAUUUUUGUCUAAGUUUAGCAAUAUCGGUGUUGUUGUCACAUUCAAAUCAACUAUGAUUUUACUGCUGACUUUUCAGACCACUGGUGUCGUAAUAGGGUGUUUAGAAACAUACCACAGAAGAGUGAACAGAAGAGAAUGUUCCACACCAGUAUACUCAAGAUUGAGUCCUACUCGACCUGUGAUCUGUGUGCUUCACUUACCUUUACCUGUAGUUCAUUUCUGCCUCUGAAUAACGUGUCUCUACAUAGGAAGCUGGGCCCAUAAGUCAGUAGAACUCAGCAUGUAAUCUAAAGGCUGAGUAGUACUGCUUCAAAGGUUCUGAUGGUAAAAUUUCUGCUUUCCAACAACAGGGAUAGAAGAGCUAUACAGAAGUAUGUGUAUAUGUGUAAAUAUGAAUAAAUAUAUACCUCGCCCCUAGUGAUAAAUGCAUUAGGACACAAGGCAAAGAUUUUCUUCUAUGCUGUUUCUGUCUUAGGGAACAAAGAAAAUCAAAGUGUGGUAUCAGAGUUUACAAAAUUAAAGAAUAAACUGCUAUACAUACAGAGCAAAUGUAUACUUUAAUUAGAUGCAAAGAUAUAGCUGAGCUUGUUAAUGUACACAGAUGAGUAGUUUCACUAGGAAUUCAUUUGUUAAGUUUGGAUGCACUACCCAGCACAACCUGCACUAUCCCUCCAAACAAUACACUGGAAAAACAAGUAAUAUUUCAUACCUUUUCAUCAUUCUGAACAUCACUGCUGAGGAGUCUAGUGUAGUUCCCUACUCUUGUCUCGUAAAGUAUCACAUUGUCUUUGUAUCUCUAAGCAGCACUGAAGUAUUAGAUUUGAAGGAAAAAAAAGUUAAGCACAUCCAUCCAGGCUUAACAUGGCAUGGCAAAAGAGACCAAAGGAGUAAACGGGUUAUUCCAAACCAAUUAAAAGAGUAAAACUGCAAAGAAAAAUUUAGAGAGUGUUGAACUACACAGAAAUUCUGACUCACCCGCACAGACGAAAUGCCAUGGUUCAUGCUCCACCAUUUGUUUAGCAGAGAAGAGGAGAAAGGAGCCAGAGCACACCCCCCUGGUACUAACAAAAAUGCAUUUGCCUCAAGCAAUUGUGUGCAUGAACACCCACAGUGAACAUGCACAUAUAUGGCCCUUGAUGGAUAAUUCACAUUACAUAUAAUGCAUCGUGAUGUUUUCUUUGCUGUCUUGAUUACUUACUGGAGAAUAAAAUAAUCAAGCCGGAGUUAGUGUUUCUCUGAUGUUUUGGUUUUUUAUUAGUAAUAUACAAUUAGUUUAUAAAGUCCUUGGUUUAUGCUAGUUUUUAUUCUAUUUCAAGGUAAUUUUAUUACCAACAACAGCAGGUAAGCCUAUUAAUAUAACUGUAAAUUUUAUAAUACACCUUCUGUCCUACAAAACUGAGGUAAGACCUGGCCUUUACUCUGUGAGAAUACACUUUUGUGCAUAUGAUCUGGAAUAACACAUAACUUUAAUAAAACAAGUUGUCUGUGAGGUAAAUAACAUGGACACUUCAUUUUUUGCGACAUUUUAUGUCUCAGUAUCAUCUUCAACAGACAUGCUAUCAACAAUGAUUGGCUAUAAUCUCUAGUCAUAUUAACGUCUAUAUCUGUUAAUGUCUACAAUUCCUGGUUUUAAACAUACUUUAGGACUCUUGAGGCUUUCAUCAUAAUGACUUAGGUUGGUUUCCAUAUGGAAAACCUUAUUUCUACUCAAUUAAAAUCUGAAUUAUAAAAAACAUUCCUAGGAUGCACUCCAUUUUGAAGUGUCUCAUAUAAUCAGUGAGUCUUUUUUUUUUUAAUCAUACUUGAAUGCUACCCUCUCAGCUUAAAGGUCUGCUUUAGUACAAUUUCUGAAACGAUUUGCUUUAGAGACAGAUGCUAAUGAAUUGAACAGAAUCAGACUCUUUGUAAGUCUAAAAAAAAAGCAUCCUUAGCAUCUUUUCUACAGAAGAACAAUACUUUGGGUUCCAGCAAAAAAAUUUGCUCAAGCUGAAACUACAGGCUUAAUUUCAAAUGUUUCUGCUAAUGCUAAAUAAAAAUUCUGUAUUUCAGGAACAUCAUAAAUGUUUUAUUUCUUUCAAAAACUAUUUUUGGAACUUCAAUUUCAUGACUAAAUUGUCUGCCAAAUGCAGCAUGAAUUCCAGCUGACCUGAACCUGCAUUUUAUAGUCAUUAGUAUUGAAACAUUCUAUGUAGCUUUCUCUGAUCACAGACGUCCUUUGGGCCAAAUCAGUGCUGCAGAGUCAGGGUUUUUUUUUCAUAUUUACAGCAGACAAGGAAGCAACUUGAUACAACUUCAGUUUUCAGAAACAUCGCAUAAAGCACCUCAGUCUACUUGAAGCAGUUGGAUCAAGCUACUUCCUCUUAUAACCUCACACAUGUCUAAGUGUGGUUAGAAUAUUGGCUUCAAUCUGCAUACCUAUGUCAGUUAAGAGUACAAAAAAUGCUUGCAUUCUUUUCUAUCAUGACUGUGUUGGCAAAAAAUAUAACAUAGAAGCCUUUACAUUGCCAAAAGCUUCCUCGUUUCCUUCAAUAUGGCUUGCUUUAUCUGGGGAACUGGUUUAAAAUCCGUGCCUGAAGCAGCUGCCAGGGAAUUUGCCAACAAAGCUACACUGCCAAACUCUCAAAUGCAGUAUAAUCUCUAACAUAGGCAUAGCCUAUCUGAUUUUGCUCAUUUUAAAAGGAGAAUCCAUUGAAAAAAAUAUAACAGGGUAAGAAACAAGAAGUCUUGAAUCUUUUAAAGUCCAUGAAAACUAACACAUUAGAUUCAAGCCAGCAAGGUAACGUGCAAUACUGUAGCUGUUCCAACAUAUGGAUGGUCUUAUGGAAAUGGCCAGCAAUUCUUUUUCUAGGCUCCUGCAAAGGUCUGCCUUGUCUGUAUAGGCAGUGGCCAUUUUCAGUUAAACAUGUGCCUGUGUAUAUUCAUCUUGUGAGGCAUCAAUUUAGAAACGACAUUUCUUGUUUUUCUCUUUGUUGUCACUUUUCUUGUGAGAAAUUAAUGUAUCAUAACUAAGACUGUACUGAACUCUGUCAUUGGUUUGUAGUACCUUUUAU